CCCUUUUUCUCUACCUUUCCUCAUCCUUCUCCUCUCCCUUCCCUUCCCCAACACCACCAGCUCUUUUUUCUCUACUUUCCUUAUAAAACACUCUCUACUAUCAUGGUCUGGAAGAUCCAAAUUGCAGCACUCUCAGUUGCAGCCUAUGCAUUCGCCGGUGCCAAUGCUGCUGCCGUCACCAACUACACCAGCACCACCGAUCCUACCAAGAUCACCAUUCCCGAUAUUACCCAAACAACCUCCCACGACCCUGCUGCCGAGUGUAGCUGGUACACCUCUCCUUACACGAUCAAUGCUGCCGAGUGGCCUACUUCUUGGACCAUUGCCACCAGUAACGGCAUGAACACAUCCAAGGAGUUCACUGCCCUCUACAACUCCAUUGACUGGACUAAAGCUCCCAACAUUCCUGUCAGAACCCGCACUGCUGCCGGUGGUCUUGACAUGAGUACUUACGAUACCGCCAAUGAUCCCGAUUGUUGGUGGUCUGCUACCCAGUGUGUCAAGCCCAAGACUGCUGAUAUCAACGCCGAUAUCUACAACUGCCCUCAGCCUAGCACUUGGGGUUUGACCUUUGAUGACGGACCCAACUGCUCUCACAACGCAUUCUACGAUUUCCUCGAGGAGAAGAAGCAAAAGGCCUCCAUGUUCUACAUUGGUUCCAAUGUUCUUAACUGGCCCUACGGUGCUCUUCGUGGUGUUAAGGAUGGUCACCAUCUCUGUGGCCACACCUGGUCCCACACCAUGAUGACUACCCUGACCAACCAGGAAAUUCUCGCUGAACUUUACUACACCACCAAGGCCAUCAAGUACGUUACUGGUGUCACUCCUUUGUACUGGCGUCCCGCUCAAGGUGAUUUGGAUGAUCGUGUCCGCUGGAUUGCCACCCAAAUUAACUUGACCGCCAUUCUCUGGGGAUUGGAUACUGAUGACUGGGCUGCCAAUGUCACUCCUGGUAUUACCGAGCAAACUGUCGAAGAUAACUACGCCAAAUUUAUUGCCCAGGGUUCUGAUGGAACUUUCGCCAACAGCGGAAACAUCGUCCUUACUCACGAAAUCAACAACAUGACCAUGGACUUCUUCAUUGAACACUACCCCGCCAUCCAGGCCAACUACAAGAACAUUCUCGAUGUCGCCACCUGCCAGAGCAUCCAGUACCCCUAUGUUGAGAAGUCUGUUUCCUUCACUCCCUUUGGUGGUGCCUCCGCCUCCGCAUCUGGCUCUGCCUCUGGCUCUGCCAAGGUUUCUGGUGCCACCAAGCCUUCGGGAACUGCUUCCUCCGCCGCUCAGUCCAGCGGUCAGGCAGCAAGCGCUGGUAGCUCCACCUUUAACUCUAUCAAUGGUUCUCUUUUCAUUGCUGCUCUCUUUGGUCUCUUGGUCAUGGUUUAAGAAACAAAACAAAACAAAACCUUACCCAACCAAAAGAAAGAAAAAAAAGUAAUUUAAAAAGAAAAUCCAUUUAUUCAAUUUGCCUAGAGAUUUAGUUUUUCUUAGGCAGAGCUUUUUUUUAUUUAUUUAUUUAUUUAUUUAUUUAUUUUUCCUUCUUUUAUACAUAAAUAAAAAAAAAAGAGAUUGGUGUAUUUUUAUUGAAGACCCAAAUGUAAUAAAGAAAUCAUGUUUGUAUGUAUAGUUUC